UCGAUAGCCGCGCGGGAGAACAACCCCGACGCUGCGUUACGAAUCGCGGUCGAGUCGGGCGGGUGUCAUGGGUAUCAGUACAAGAUGGAGCUCGCGAAGAGCCGAAAUCCUGACGACUACCAUUUCACCCAUCCCACUAUCCGCCCGGCUAACAUCCUCAUCGACGCCGUAUCCCUCUCUCUCCUGAAAGGGUCGACAGUGGACUUCGCCACCGAAUUGAUUGGCAGCAGCUUCCGGAUAGUGGACAACCCGCAGGCGAAGGGAAGCGGGUGCGGGUGCGGGGUCAGCUGGGAGCUGAAGGAGUGA